AUGGCUGGGGACUCUUCCUCUUUGUCUGAAGAGCCGCUCUUACAACUGCUACCCUUAGACCCUCGAGACCGGGGUACUCAGCGAUGCCGCCUUGGCCCAGCCGCACUCCGUGCCUUGGGUGCGCACUUGGGCUCGGCCGUGAAGAUCUCGCUGCCGGAUGGCGGCUCCUGCCUCUGCACCGCCUGGCCGAGGAGAGACGGUGCUGAUGGCUUUGUGCAGUUGGACCUGCAGUGCGCGAGCCCCGGAGCAGCGGUGGGGGUGCCCAGGUCCCGGAAGACCCUCAGCCUGAGCCGCUUGAGCGUGGUGCCCUGCCCGCCCCUUCGGCGCCUCACAGUGUGGCCAGUGCUGCGGGAGCAGACGGGCGCGCCCAGGGUCUUGAAUCAGGACGAGGUGUUGGAGGCAGCGCAAGAGCUGCUGCGGAACCGGCCCGUCUCUCGGGGCCACGUGGUUGCCGCUCCGCCGGGUGCUCCGGGCCCCGUGGCCUCCCUGCACAUAGUCAGCGGAUCACCCAACGUGGAUUCGGCGGGGUUGGUCACCCCUCGCACCUGCAUUGUGCUUAGCGGGACCCCACCGUCGGAAGUGGAGCGGCGGCCCGAGGUGCCCCUGGGCGGCCUCUCGGAAGCAGCCGACUCACUGCGGGAGCUCCUCUACCUGCCGCUCCGCUACCCUCGGGCCCUGGCUGCUCUGGGACUAGCCGUGCCCCGCGGAGUGCUGCUGGCCGGCCCCCCUGGAGUCGGGAAGACGCAGCUGGUUCGGGCGGUGGCCCAGGAGGUGGGCGCGGAGCUGCUGGCCGUAAGCGGCCCCGCGCUGCAGGGCGCCCGGCCUGGGGAGACCGAGGAGAACGUGCGGCGGGUGUUCCAGCGCGCGCAGGAGCUGGCCAGCCGCGGGCCCAGCCUCCUCUUCCUGGACGAGGUGGACGCCCUGUGCCCCAAACGGGGCGGCCCGUACCAAGCCCCCGAGAGCCGAGUGGUGGCGCAGGUGUUGACGCUGCUGGACGGCGCCACUGGGGACCGCGAGGUGGUGGUUGUGGGAGCCACCAAUCGUCCGGAUGCACUAGACCCAGCGCUGCGGAGACCAGGGAGGUUUGACCGAGAGGUUGUUAUUGGGACUCCCACACUUAAACAAAGAAAGGCAAUUCUGCAAGUGAUUACCUCAAAGAUGCCUGUCUCCAGGCUUGUUGAUUUGGGGCUCCUUGCAGAAAUGACAGUUGGCUAUGUUGGUGCAGACUUGACAGCACUCUGUAGAGAGGCAGCCCUGCACGCUAUGCUUCGCAGUGAAGAGAAUCAGUACAACUCUGUGAUUGAUGAAACAGACUUCCUUGAAGCUUUUAAAAAGAUUCAACCUUCAUCAUUUCGAAGUGCCAUUGGAUUGAUAGAUAUUAAGCCUGUUGACUGGGAGCAGAUUGGUGGCCUUGAUGAUGUAAAAUUGAAGCUAAAACAGAGUGUUGAAUGGCCUCUGAAAUUUCCCCAAGAAUUUGUCAGGAUGGGUCUCACACAGCCAAAGGGGGUGCUCCUGUAUGGCCCUCCGGGGUGUGCUAAAACAACCCUCGUGAGGGCUCUGGCCACAAGCUGCCACUGCUCUUUCGUGUCAGUGAGCGGAGCUGAUCUCUUCUCACCUUUUGUUGGAGAUUCAGAAAAAGUGUUGUCUGAGAGCAGCUGA